AUGUCAAUUUAUCUGACAUUACUAGAGAGGCAAUUAAAAACCGCCGAGAUUGACGAGGCUGAAUGGGUCUCUCAACUACUGUCAUUAUUGCCGUUAGAUUUGGCUCACAUCAUAGCGAAAGAACCGGAAGACAAAGCUCAGGAUUACGAGCAUAUUAAACAAGUUUUGCUGGAACGAUUUAAGAUAAAAACUGAGACAUAUAGGCAGCGUUUCGUGAGCCAUCAGAAAAAACCGAACGCAUUGUGGAAGGAAUUAAUUUUUGAUCUGGAACAUUUCUUAGAUGGUUGGCUUUCGGGAUCGGGUGUAACGGAUUUUACCGGGCUAAAGAAAUUGUUAAUCACCGACCAGAUAAAAAAACGCGUCCCGAGCCAGAUAAGAGACCAUUUUCUAGACGUAUGGUCGGAGUUCGUAGAUCCUUUUGUUCUAGCCGAGAAACUAGACCACUACGAAUCGGUGCGGACGAAAUCCAACUUUGUAAAAUUCCCCGAAAGAAAAAUGGUUGAGAGAAACAGACCGAUUUCGCCUAAGGAAGAAGAGAAUAACGCCACGGCCGAGUUACUUAACAAACGUAUCAGUAUUGCCACUGUGAAUGCUGUCACUACUCGUUCACAAAAGAAGGGGGAAAACGCGAAAGGGGAUGGAAAAGCAAGGAGAAUAGAAAGCGGGACAGGAGGGAAGAAUGAGAUAGAACCUGAAAUGCAACUGAGAGAAGAAUCGUUACCACCCAUUGAGAUAGGGGAAGGAGCUGAAGAUUUAUUCACUCCGUUCAAGAUAACUCAAGAAGAAUUUUCAAAGGCUCAAAUGGACUGCGGAACCUUGGAAGAAUGUAGGGAACGCGUUAACAAAGGACAUGAGGGAUUUAAAAGGGAAAGGGGAUUGUUUUUUAGGGUAACAAAAGAUCAUUUAGGAAACCCGAGAUCUCAAUUAAUUGUGCCGAAAAAAUUCAGACCGGCAAUAUUAGAGAUGUGCCACGAGUCGACGUCGGCACAUCUGGGGGUAACUAAAACGAAAGAUAGGGCCCUAAAAUAUUAUUUUUGGCCAAAUUGUGUAAAGGAUAUCGAGAAUUACGUUCGCUCGUGUGAUCCUUGUCAACGAAUCGGUAAACCAAGGGAGAAGACAAAGGCCCCUCUCAAAUUAGUUCCCGUUAUAUCGGAAAUUUUUAGCAAAUUAAAUAUUGAUUGCGUAGGACCAUUACCCAUUAGUGAGAAAAACAAUCGAUAUUUGUUAACGGCGAUGUGUAUGUCUUCAAAAUAUCCGGAUGCAAUCCCUAUAGAAGACCUUACGUCAAUCACAGUGAUAAAUGCUAUGUUAAACGUUUUUAGUAGAAUGGGGUUCCCCCGUGAGAUACAGUGUGAUUGGGGUACGUCGUUCACUAGCUAUUUAACCACAGAAUUUUUUGAUAAGUUCGGAAUAAAAGUCACUCAUUCAUCUGUGCGGCAUCCCCAGACAAACCCGGUAGAGCGUUUCCACAAAACCAUUAAGCGACUUCUAAAGGUACUAUGUUUAGAGUCCGGGAAGGAUUGGGAGAAAAAUCUUCCCGCAACUCUGUUAGCUUUGAGAACGGUUACUCACGAGAGCACAGGAUUUAGCCCCGCUGAGUUGGUUCACGGAAAAAACCUAAGGACUCCAGAAGUGCUGUUAUACGAGCACUGGGUAGCACCGAAAGAAAACGAAACGGCGGUAGCCAAAUACAUGUACGACUUAAUAAACCGCAUGAGACGUUGUCAGGAUAUAGCAGUAACCAGGAUGUUGGAGACGCGAGAUAAGAGAAAAUUAUGGUAUGACAAAAAUGCUGUCCAUCGCCAAUAUAAAUCCGGUGAUCAAGUGUUGGUGCUCGCAGCAUCUAUGCCGAAUAAACUAUCAGUACAGUGGAUAGGGCCAGGCGAAAUUCAAUCUCAAUUGUCGGAAACGAACUAUAUAGUGAAAAUGACAGGAAAGGAGGCCAAGCCCCAAAUUUUUCACGUUAAUCUGUUGAAACCUUACCAUAAAAGAUUGGCGGAGGUGAAUCUAGUGUUCCACGAGGAAAAAGUGAAUGUGGAGACGGAAAAUGAUUUAGAGAUCGCAUACCCGACGGGAGACGUAAACGCGUACGAUUUCGAGGAAAUAUCUCGAAGUAGCAACUUAGAAGAGAGGUUAACGACGGAGCAGAUUGGGGAACUCAAAGAGUUGUUACAUAAACAUAAAACAGUUUUUUCAAAUAAGCCGGGAAAAACCCAUCUAGUUGAGCACGAUAUAGAACUGAUCAGUAAUCAGCCGGUUCGGUCGAAGCCAUAUCGCACAUCACAACGCCAAGCCGAAAUUUUGAAAUCGGAAAUAAAGCAGAUGUUAGAUCUGAAAAUAAUUGAAAUGGGACAAUCAGACUAUACAUCACCAAUGCUGUUAGUAGAGGCACCGGGAAAGGCCCCAAGACCUUGUAUUGAUUACCGAAAAUUAAAUAGUGUAAUUAAAACUGAGUACUUCCCCUUGCCCAAUUUAGAAGAGCGAGUAGAAAGAGUUUCCGCCGCAAAAUUUAUUACGGUACUAGAUCUAGCGAAGGGCUACUGGCAAAUUCCAAUGACGAAGAACGCAAGUCGGUUAGCAGCGUUCGUAACUAAUUUCGGGACGUAUCUCCCUCUAAGAAUGCCAUUUGGAUUGGUGAAUGCGCCAUAUUUUUUUAGUAAGAUGAUGGCUGAGAUAUUAGGGAAUUGUGAGAAGUAUGCAGUACCUUACUUAGACGAUAUUGCGAUCUAUUCCGAAACAUGGGAAGAACACUUGAAACAUGUUGACGAGGUUCUUAAAAGAAUAGGAGCGGCAAAUCUAACCGUGAAACCAUCAAAAUGUCAGCUAGCACAGAGCCGGACGAAAUAUUUAGGACAUAUGGUAGGAGAUGGCGUUCGAACACCAGCCGAAGCAAAAAUCAAAGCAGUGAUAGAUUUUCCUACCCCCAAAACAAAAACUCAGAUACGAGCUUUCCUUGGGCUAGCGGGUUAUUACGCACACUAUGUGGAAAAAUUUUCUGUCAUAGCCGCACCUUUAACCAAUGCAUUGAAAGGUAGGAUGACGAAAGAGCAGAUUAGAUGGACGCCCGAAUGCGAACAAGCAUUCCAAGAAUUAAAAAUGAGUUUGACAAAAAAACCCGUCUUGCAUGCCCCUGAUUAUACAAAAAAAUUUAUAGUCCAAACUGAUGCGUCGGAUGUAGGGAUGGGAGUUGUAAUGUCUCAAUUAGAUUCCGAAGGCAAGGAACAUCCUAUUUUAUAUCUAAGUAAGAAAUUUUCAGACGCGGAAAAGAAAUAUAGCACGACUGAAAAAGAGUGUGCUAGUAUAGUAUACGCCAUAAAGAAGCUUAAAUUUUACUUGGAUGGCCAGCACUUCACUAUUGUCACGGACCACAAUCCGUUAGUUUGGCUAAAAACCAAUGCGGGUAACAACCCUAGAUUGAUGAGAUGGUCAUUGGCUUUACAACCAUACAACUAUACUGUCACACAUAAACCGGGCAGUAAGCACCAGAAUGCUGAUGGUUUGAGCCGCUGUAACCUUUAA